UCGAUUUUAGAAAGUCAUCAGUAACAAUGCUUGAUAAUACAAUCUCGUUCACUGGUAAUAGUAUUCAAGUGUUUGACCAAGGGGUAAUAUCUGCAAUAGAUUCCAAUAUCAAUCUUAGAAAUAAUAUGAUAAAAACAAAUAUUUCUCAUUUUAUUUACUCGGACGGUUCAAAUAUAUUUUUAUUCUGGAAUUCUUUUCAUUUUCUAUAUACCAAUGAUGGUAUUUAUGCUAUUUGCUCCACAGACCAUCAAUCAUCUUUCUUUGGUGAUGCCGUUUCUAUUCAAAACAUGGACUACCUUUCUAAAGAUUGUACCACUUCACAAACUAAACAAGAAGCAACUUGGUCAUUACUCUUUGUAUUUUCAGGUAUGGGUGUGAGUUUAAUAUUUUUAGGUUUAGGUUAUCUCAUAAAAGGAAAAGUUCAAAAAAAUAAAGAAAAAAAUAAUAAUUUAAAUUCUAAUGGAUCAAAUGAAAAAAUAGAUUCAGUUUCAAACAUAAAACCAACAAAUGAAACAACCAACUUAUUAAAAAAUAAUAGUUAUAAUAAUAAUAAUAAUAAUAAUAAUAAUAAUAAUAAUAAUAAUAAUAAUAAUAAUAAUAAUAAUAGUAAUAAUAUAGAAAAUCACAAUGAUAAUGAAGACUGUAUUGGCUCUAUUAUUACCGAUUAAAAAUAAAACCAAAACCCUGUAUAUAUAAAAGUAAUAAAAUUUCUUUUUUUAAAAUAAC